AAACAUAUAAAAAUCUCUCUCUCUCUAAAUUUUAUCUUUCUCUCUCUACAUGUCAAGCACCCACUGCACGCCUUCCCCUCCAUCUCGGAAGGUUGAAAGAUAAAUGUCAUCUUUCUCCCACUAAGCUUCACUUCAUGCUUCAAUAGUUGACCCCCCCGCCGUCCCACUUUCGCUUCUGCAUGUUCUCCGGCGUUUGGGUCCGACUUCGUGCCGGAAUCCGGCGGUUUCACUUUUUUUUUCUCGCUGGAAUCUGACACGGAGACCUAUUGACGCAUGCACAGUUUGCUAUGGUGGCGGUGCUGUGAUUUUCUCUCUCUUUGUUUUUUCUGUCUUUUUCUUUGCAAUUUUGUUUCUCGAUCUGGUUGUGGUGUUUACGAGGAUGGGUUGUGCUGGAUCAUCACAGAAAAGCUCUGAAGGAACUGUAAAAAAGCUAAGGAAACCAAAACCAUGGAAACACACUCAGUCCAUAACAAGGAUGCAGCUCAGGCAGAUGCGUGAUGAGUUCUGGGAUACUGCUCCCCAUUAUGGUGGCCAGAAAGAGAUUUGGGAUGCACUUCGAGCUGCAGCCGAAGCCGAUAUGAGCCUUGCCCAAGCAAUUGUAGAUAGUGCAGGUGUCAUCGUUACAAGUGCUGACAUGUCCACAUGCUAUGAUGAAAGGGCUAUAAAUCCCUCUGCACUUACUGGAUACUUAGCUGGGAUUGAAACUCUCAAUGGAUCUAAUUUAUCUGAUUGGAAGCAAAAGAUUGAGAGCACUCUAAGUAUUUUGGAUCUUGAUUUAUCCUUGCAUGAAGAUGAACCUCCUGAGCACAACCAUGAGAGCAAUGAAUAG